AUGCCACCCUUCGUCCCCCGCAAGCGCGUUUCCUCCGAGGACCCGCCCCCGGCCAAGCGCCAGGCCCGGCCCGAUAAUUCUCAAGCUCCCCAAGCUCCAGCUCCCCGUGCUCCGUUCCACCUCUCCGACUCCGACUCCGAUUCCAACUCAUCUUUGAGUGAUGCACCCGAAGAUCUCAAGGACAAUGCACCUGAGGAAUCUGAAGAUGAAGAAGAGGAUAUUGAUUGGGAGGACGCGAUAGACACAAAGACUAGCGCCACUACACCUACCGUCGCAGCUCCGGAGCUACAGGACCUAGAAUUGACCCUAGAUCAAAACGAGACACACGUGUCCGAUCUCCUGGAUGGCAAGAAAGGGCCUAGUAAAAUCGAGCGCCAAAUCAGGAUUCAGACACACUGUAUGCAUGUCCAAUGCUUGCUUUUCCACAACGCCAUUCGCAAUGCCUGGAGCAACGAUUCCAAGGUCCAUGAGAUCUUACGCAAAAAGCUACCGGAAGGGAUCCACAAGGAGGUCAAAAAAUGGCGCAUAGCAUCAGGGUUAGAACUCCCAGAACCAAAACCCGAACCGCCUAAGAGCAAGAAGAAGGGCAAAAAGGCCAAGAAGAAUAAAGACUGGAGUGAUGAGUCAGAGCGGCUGGAACCAGGUCAGCCGGAUAUGAGCCGAGGCGAUCCAAUAAUUACCUUGAUAAAGGUGCUGGUUGCAUACUGGAGGAAGCAGUUUCGUAUCACGGCGCCAGGACUACGAAAGUAUGGAUACCGGCCAGUUGCGGCUCUUGAAACUGCAAUCACCGACUUUCGCGAGGAAGAACAUGAUCCGGAGCGCCACGGUGAGCGCAUCGCCAACCUCGACGAGUUCCGCGCUAUCGCUGAGCGUAUGCAGGGCUCACGAGACGUUGGAGCACAGCUCUUCACAGCUCUCGUCCGCGCUUUAGGUAUCGAGGCCAGACUUGUGGGUAGUCUACAGCCGCUGGGCUUUGGUUGGACUAAGGGAGAGACCUAUACACCCGUCACACCUUCUGAAGACCCCGAAAAAGAAGAGGAACCGGAAACGACCGAGCCCGAGACUGACGGAGCUGAGAAUAAAGCGCCAGCGAAGAAUAAGCGCAAACCGUUCGACAGUGAUCUGCCAUUCCCUAUCUACUGGACCGAAGUCGCCUCACCCGUUACGAACGAGAUCAUAUCUGUCGACCCCCUUGUACUUUCCAACCCCGUGGCGCCAUUUACAGAUACUGAUCUACAAGCAAAUUUCGAGCCGCGUGGUGCAAAGGCAGACCGCGCAAAACAAGUCAUAUGCUACGUCGUUGCCCACUCAUCGGAUGGUACGGCCAAAGAGGUCACGACAAGAUAUCUUCGACGGCGAACCUGGCCCGGCAAAACGAAAGGCUUCCGGAUGCCCUUAGAAAAAGUCCCCGUAGGUCCACGCGGGAAUUACAUAGCCUUCGACUGGUUCGGAAUGGUAAUGCGCGGGUACCAGCGAGCCCGCAAGAGCAAAACAGCAGUCGACAAACUCGAAGAAUCACGAGAUCUACAACCCAACCAACCCGAAAAGAAGAAAACUACCCAAACCGCCGACACCCUUCAAAGCCUCCGAACAUCCACCGAGUUCGUUCUAGAGCGCUUCCUCCGCCGCGAAGAAGCUCUCCGACCCGGCGCUGAACCUGUACGAACUUUCAUCGCUGGAAAAGGCGCCCGGGCCAAAGAAGAACCCGUCUUCCGACGAGCAGACGUGCUAAAAUGUCUCUCCGCCGAAAGCUGGCAUAAAGAGGGCCGCCAGACAAAACCGGGCGCCGUAGCCCUUAAGCGCGUGCCUAUCCGCGCCGUGACCCUCAUACGCAAACGCGAAGUCGAUGAAAUGCAGCGCCAGACCGGCGAGAAACCACUACAGGGUUUGUACUCGCGAGACCAGACAGAAUAUAUUAUCCCGCCGCCUAUUCAGGACGGUCGUAUCCCCAAGAAUGAAUAUGGCAAUAUCGACUGUUUCGUGCCGAGUAUGGUCCCUGCGGGAGCGACACAUGUCCCUUUACCUGGUACCGUGCGGGUGUGCAAGAAACUUGGCAUCGACUAUGCGGAGGCAGUGACGGGAUUCGAGUUUGGGUCGAAGAUGGCAGUGCCGGUUAUUCAAGGCGUUGUUGUUGCAGCCGAGAAUGAGGGUUUGCUUAGGGAUGCUUGGAAGGUUGAUGCUGAAGAGAAGAGGAAGAGAGAAGAGCUUAAGGCCGAGAAAAAGAUUCUGCAGACGUGGAGGAAGUUCUUAUUUGGGUUACGGAUCAUGGAGCGAGUAAGGGAUGAGUAUGGGGGUGGGGAUCCGGAUGCUGAUCGAGAGCGCGAUUCGCAUAAUCCUUUCGCUGUACAGAAGAAGAAGAAGCGGGAGGAGGAACCAGGUGAUGAUGGUGCUGAUGAAGAAAUGCUUGACCAAGAGUCGUCAUAUAACGCGUUUGAUCACGGCGGUGGCUUUCUUCUUCCUGGUCAAGAUGACGAUGCGGACGAUGGGUUGGUGGUUGAGAAUCAUGAUCAGCAGCGGAGUCGGAAAGGUCCGUCUCAGGCUGAUGUCGAUGACGCGGAUGACAGCAAGUCAUUCGAAUCUGGAGGUCCUUCUGUAGACUCUCCGCCGUUGUCUAUCCCCUCGGGCUCAGAUGAAGAGGAUGAUGGUAAAGACGAAGACUCAGAACCUGAAUAUGCACCCCGUCCGACACGACGAACGCGAGGUCGUUGA